CUUAACGUGUCACUUCCGCAGUGUGGUGGUGUUUACACACAGGAGAAUUCAUAUUUUUAGAAGAUGACGGUCAAUAAAGCAGAUAAUAUUAGCAGUAUCCCCAUCGACGGAUUCAGCAAUGUAAGAAUAACGUCGUUAUGGACUUUUUUCAUGUCGGUGCAGUGGUCCGAGCCCUGGCUCAUCGGUCUGCUGGUGUUUCAUGCUGUGUGCUUGUUCCUGACUUUGCUCACCUGCAAGUAUUACAGAGCUCAGAUCUGCCACUUCCUGCUCGUAGUUGGUCUGGUUUAUAGUGCUGAAUAUCUAAACGAGCUGGCUGCCAGAAACUGGAGGUCCUAUUCAAACUUCCAGUACUUUGAUUCCAAGGGCAUGUUCAUAUCUUUAGUUUUCUCGAUUCCUCUUCUUCUCAAUGCUGUCAUCAUCGUGAUGGUGUGGGUGUACAGGACCUUUUCCACUAUGACUGAGCUGAAGACCCUUCAGCUGAAGAGAAAGGCCCGCAGAGAGAAGAGAGAGAAGAAUGACUGAUCCGUCUCUGCAUGUCCAUAAAUGGGCUUCAUUUGGAGGAAUUUGGAAGCUCCGAUUUGCUAAUCCCGAAUUUUGGAAAUGGAAAGUCAGUUCCAUCUUGUGACUUCAAAAGGAUUUUUUCAUUGAUGUUGGUUAAUGUGAGGAAUGGGUGUCUUUUUUGGUUUUGUUUUUUGGCUGUGACUGUUAAAAACCUGUGUACACUAUGACAUUUCUGAAGACCAAGGACACUUAGUGUUUUGUAUUUAACGUGUGAAAGCAUGUUAAAAUGCACCCCCUCCCCUCAAAAAGACUGUCGUUUUAAUUGUCUAGAUGUCUGUUACCCUAAAUGUUCAUUUUGCUCAUUUUUUGAUUCUCAAUAUAUCAGUCAUUUUAAAGACUAGUUGCAUGAAACUUGGCCAGGGUGUGUUUUUUAGGAUUAUUUUUAAAAUUCAAUGAUCCCCUCUAUGGUGUGGUGUGCAGCAGUGGUUCUCAAACUUUUCACAAUGAGUACCACCUCAUAAAAUAAAUGGCUCUUGAAGCACCACCCUUAUGACCGACAUUAAAGUACAGUAGUAUAGGCCACAUACAGUUUACACAGACAAUUUUAUUUCUUAUAUAAAUGCUAUUUAUUUUAACUGUCAUAAACAGGAUGUGACAAGUGAUAAUAAUAACAACUGUACUACAUUGAAAGAUUCAGAGCAGAUGGGAUAUCAAAUCUUUAACUAAUGACCUGAUGAAACCUGCUUCCGGGUCCAAACUACUCUGCAUUUAUUAUGGCUGUUGUGUUUUUAACAUGUUGUAAUGCUUUGUAUCUUGUUCUGUUUAAUCUGAAAAAGCCCCUAAAUAAUUCAAUGAUCACUGUCGGCCUCUCACAGUUUUUAUCAUCACUAUUCAUUUUAAAGCUCAGUUUUUAAAACCUUACGAUGUAACUACAACCCAGCCCAUGCAGCAGUAUAUUAAUGACUAACCUUAUAUUGCAGUUGUUCUUCUGACUGAAGUUUGGUUUGUUUAGCAUCCUGCCAUGCGAUUACAUGGAAAAUACACCUCUCUCAAGGCGCUGCUGCUGCGGUGCUACUCCCUUUACGGCCUGGGUGAUGGUACCGCUCUCGAGCUCAUGGAGAGCACACUCCUUGCUAGGAACAGAUGACAGCGGAUUUCUCUUCACUCACGUCUUCCUCCGACAUAUGCUGGUGCGAGCUGGUCUCACCAACUCCCCGCUGCUGGCCGCGAAGGGUUACUGCUCACCCGCAGAAGAAGCGGAUUGAAUUCUCCUGACUACCAGGAGCUUCAGCAUUCAGACAAUAGUUCCUGACUGACCAGCAGCAUCUCCCACGCCCCCACCGAUUCUCCCAGGGGCCUCAUCGAUGGUGGCUAGGAUCGGGGCACCGUGGAAAAGGGCUGUGUUUUUAUCAUCAGUGUGACUUGUGUCGUCUUUGCAUACCUCCACAAUGGUAUAUCAUUUAAUCUUAAGAAAGAAAUUGGAGUAUUAACGCGUUUCCUACCAGAAGAGCCCAAGUACCUUAAGUGGUACGUGUACCACAGUUUGAGAAAGACUGGUGUAUAGAAAAGGAUAUUGGCAUAUAUGCCAACACUGUUUGCUCUCGUACCUUUUUUGUGCCCAUUGAGUUCUAUUAUAAUCAUAUAUUUCAAAUAUACUGUAAUCCUGACAUGUUAUAAUGCUUUUCCCAUGAAUACCUAAUGGAUCUAAGGUUCUGCCUUCAAAAUGAAGGAAAAAUAGGUUUUGGAUGAAAUGAGUACUCUCAUCACCGGAUAUAGGCAGAACUCCACCUUAGACAUUUUCAGUGGAGGCCUGGUUUUGAAUGCAGGACCACCAUAAAAAUGGUGUGGAUGUGCUGGGAUUGAUAUAAGAGAGUGGUGUGAAUGUGAUUGAGAAUAAAUUUUGUGUGUGUGUGUAA